AUGGAAAAGUUUGAUCAAAUCAAGUGGGGUACUUCCGAUGAUCAGAUCAGCGGGUCAGGCCAGGUAAGGUCCUACACUUGUAACUUUUGCAAGCGUGGAUUCUCAAAUGCUCAGGCUCUUGGUGGUCACAUGAACAUCCACAGAAGAGACAGGGCAAGAAUCAGGCAAUUCUCCGAAGAAAACAAUAACCAGGUUUCCCAGGAAACAAACACCAAUAUUAAUCCCCCCCUUGAUAUUAAUGAUGAUCCUAACACUAAUUUGCAUGAUGAGAAAAGUAGUACGUCGUUUGAGUUGGAAAGGUUGAGUGAACAACAAAGUGGUUUGAACAUUAAUAACAAAAAUCCUUAUUCUAUGGUGAGAGAUCAUGAUCAAUUAUAUCAUGAUCAGCAGGCCAUGGCUAGCCAUAGAGGCAAAGUUUUUGGUGGUGAAGAAGUAGUUCAACAGAUUCCAUUUUUUGUGGAGGAAUCGUCGGAGAAGACGCCGGAGAAGACGACCGAGGAAUUGGAUCUCGAGCUCCGGUUAGGACGGGAACGUCAAGAUGCGUCGACAAAGCACUUGAGUACAAGGGAAUUCUUUUGA